AUGAGCAAACAAGCUAGAAGCGUGUUGCAGAUGGGCGAUAUUGUGCAGAAGAUGUCUAAAAAACAAACGAUAUUUGCAGAUAUUUGUAAGGAAAGUAGGUUAUUCAGGGUAAUUAUAUUUUUUCAGUGAAAAGAAUAAUUUAAACUGUUUUUAUAGCUAAAACAAAUAAUGUAUAAUAGCACUUUUUACAAUAUAAACCAAUAAAUCAGUCUUUUACAGGAUGCAAGGUACUCCAAAGCACAGUAGAAGUAUUAUCUCGUGGCGGAGUUGUGGCAUUACCUACAGACACAGUUUACGGCCUGAUAACAUUAUAUUCCCAUUCACAACAGCUAUUAGAUGUUAAGAAGAGAGACCCAAAAAAGCCUAUUGGUUUGUUCUUUGCUAAUCCAGAGUUGAUAUUCGACUACACCUACCCGACAGUUGACAAAGAAUUGUUGUACAAGCUUCUCCCAGGCCGAGUGACAUUGCUUUUGCAGCGACUUCCAUCGUUCCCAUCACAUUUUAUAUACGAAAACGAUCUUUUGGGAGUACGAGUACCGGACAAUGCGUUUAUAAGAGAAGUAUGUACUGAGUUUGAUGAACCGAUUGCUCAAACUUCAGCUAAUACAAGUGGGAAUGCCAGUUCUACACAACCUGAGGUGCGCGCUCUUUUUAAUAUAUUUUAUUUAAAUUUAGAUGGUUGAACUUCCUAUUUAAUGUUCCCUUGAUUUCAGGAGUUCGAAGAGCUCUGGGAGAGCAUUGACCUUGUUCUUCAUGAUAAAGAGUCCUGUUCUAAAGGCAGAGUCGGAAGUACUAUCAUUGACUUGUCCGAGAAAGGGUAUUACUCUAUAGUUCGAGAAGGAUGUAUUCGAGAACAUUGCGAACGGAUACUGAUUGAUCACGGCUUGAAACAAAAGUAA